AUGCCGUCGCAGAUUCUCCAAAUCUCACAUCUUCCACCUAAAUCCUCACCCUCGACGGAAAUGAUGUUCAAGCCUUUGGUUUACAAUGAUCCCUCGACGAGCCUCCUCGCUUCUUCCCGAUUCGAUGACGACCACAGCGUCAAGCCCCUCCUCUCCCGAGCCGCCAGCUUCAACGGCGGCGUCGCGACCAUGGCGCCUAAUGGUGGAUUAACCGGUUGGUAUCACAACAGACGGCGACGGUCCAACAGCGAUAACUGUCUCUCUGCGUUUCCCGACGAUACCAAUGGAACCGACGGCGGUGAUAGCGGCCCCCAAACUAUCGCUCAGGAGGUUGGCCACGCCGCCGCUGAGACCUUCUUGUUGACUCGUCUCGGCUUGAAGCUCCUCAGCUAUCUUGGGGUAGGCUAUAGAUGGAUCACAAGAUUUCUGGCACUCGGAUGUUAUGCAUUUCUGCUAAUGCCAGGCUUUAUUCAAGUCGGAUAUUACUAUUUCUUCUCUCCUCACGUCCGCAGAAGUAUUGUCUAUGGUGAUCAACCAAGAAACAGGCUUGACUUGUACCUACCUAAGAACUCCAACGGUCCAAAACCAGUUGUGGCGUUUGUGACUGGUGGAGCCUGGAUUAUUGGUUAUAAGGCGUGGGGUUCUCUUUUAGGUCAACAAUUAUCAGAAAGAGAUAUUAUUGUCGCAUGCAUUGAUUACAGGAAUUUUCCUCAGGGAUCUAUUAGUGACAUGGUCAAAGAUGCUUCUUGUGGCAUCUCAUAUAUUUGUAAUCAUAUUGCUGAGUAUGGUGGUGAUCCAAACAGAAUUUAUCUGAUGGGUCAGUCUGCUGGUGCACAUAUCGCGGCUUGUACUCUUGUGGAUCAGGUCAUUAAAGAGUCCGGGGAAGGGGACAGUGUCUCUUGGAGUAGUUCUCAGAUAAAUGCUUAUUUUGGUCUCUCUGGAGGGUACAACCUUUUGAACCUUGUAGACCACUUCCAUAGCAGGGGGCUGUACCGUUCCAUCUUUCUGAGCAUCAUGGAAGGAGAGGAAUCAUUAAGGCAGUUUUCUCCUGAACUAGUAGUGCAAAACCCAAAUCUCAAACACAUCAUUCCUCGUCUCCCACCUUUUAUUCUGUUCCAUGGUACUGCUGACUACUCCAUCCCUUCUGAUGCAAGUAAAUCUUUUGCGGAAACCCUCCAAAGGCUUGGAGCCAAAGCAGAAGUGAUCCUAUAUGAGGGGAAAACGCACACGGAUGUGUUUCUUCAGGAUCCAAUGAGAGGGGGAAGAGACGAGCUGUUUGAAGAUAUAGUAUCAGUGGUUCUGGGAGACGAUCCAGAAGUGACUGCUAACAGCGUAGCCAGAAGGCGUCUUGUGCCUGAAUUCAUGUUGAAGUUGGCUCACUGGGUCAGUCCGUUCUAG